AUGCCGCGCGCGCUGUGGAAGGAAGUGAAGAAGAUACCGGGCCGCCUCCGCCUGGCUCCUGCACCCAGCCGCCGCAGCCCGCUCCUUCGCUGCUCCGCGUCCGGCGACGGAGGCCCCGACCCGGCCCUCGAAGAGCAGAGGCGCCGCAAGGCCGAGCUGGCCGCCCGCAUUUCGUCCGGCGAGUUCACCGCCCAGGGCCCCGGAUGGGUCGCUCCCCUCGCGGCGAGGCUGGCCAGGCUCGGCCCGCCGGGGGAGCUCGCGGCGGGGCUGCUCACCAAGGUAGCGGGCGCCGGCGCGGCGCGCAGGGGCCCGGAGCUGCCGCAGGCCACGGGGUCGAUCAGUUCGGUCGUCGGAGAGGCCUUCUUCAUCCCGCUCUACGACCUCUUCCUCACCUACGGCGGCGUCUUCCGCCUCAACUUCGGGCCCAAGUCUUUCCUUAUUGUCUCUGAUCCUGCCGUGGCCAAGCACAUUCUCAGGGACAACGCCAAGGCUUAUUCCAAGGGCAUUCUCGCGGAGAUAUUGGAGUUUGUGAUGGGUACGGGGUUGAUCCCAGCCGAUGGGGAGGUUUGGCGUGUUCGACGCCGCGCAAUCGUACCAGCAAUGCAUCAGAAGUAUGUGACAGCGAUGAUCGGUCUCUUCGGCAAAGCUUCCGACCGCCUCUGCCAGAAGUUGGACAAGGCGGCAACGGACGGAGAGGAUGUGGAGAUGGAAUCUCUCUUCUCUCGACUGACGCUGGAUGUCAUCGGGAAGGCGGUGUUCAAUUAUGAGUUUGAUUCAUUAUCUUACGAUAAUGGAAUAGUCGAGGCUGUGUAUGUAACACUACGAGAAGCAGAAAUGCGGAGCACUUCUCCUAUACCAACUUGGGAAAUACCCAUAUGGAAAGACAUCUCCCCUCGGCAGAGGAAAGUCAAUGAAGCUCUUGUACUGAUAAAUAAUAUUCUCGAUGAACUAAUUGCUACAUGCAAGAGGAUGGUAGAUGAAGAAGAUCUACAGUUUCAUGAGGAAUACAUGAAUGAGCAGGAUCCUAGUAUUCUUCACUUCCUGUUGGCAUCUGGAGAUGAUGUAUCCAGCAAGCAGCUCCGUGAUGAUCUGAUGACAAUGCUCAUAGCUGGCCAUGAGACCUCUGCAGCAGUCUUAACGUGGACAUUUUAUCUUCUAUCUAAGUAUCCGAAUGUAAUGUCCAAGCUCCAAGCUGAGGUUGAUGCUGUUCUAGGAGAUGGUUUACCAACGCUUGAGGAUCUGAAAAAGCUAAAGUACACUACUCGAGUUAUUAACGAAUCUUUGAGACUAUAUCCGCAGCCACCAGUUUUGAUUCGCCGCUCCCUUGAGGAUGAUAUGCUAGGGGAAUACCCAAUCGGCAGGGGAGAAGACAUUUUUAUAUCCGUAUGGAACCUUCAUCGCUGCCCAAAGCAUUGGGAGGAUGCAGAUGUUUUCAAUCCAGAAAGGUGGCCUUUGGACGGACCCAACCCAAAUGAGACAAACCAAAAAUUCAGUUACUUACCAUUUGGUGGUGGACCAAGGAAAUGUGUAGGUGAUAUGUUUGCUACUUUUGAGAAUGUUGUGGCAACGGCAAUGCUUGUCAAGCGGUUUGAUUUUCAGAUGGCUCCAGGAGCACCUCCGGUCGAGAUGACAACCGGAGCAACAAUUCACACAACCAAGGGCUUGAACAUGACUGUUACUCGGAGGACAAAGCCACCUGUAAUUCCAAACUUACAGAUGAAAGUUGUUUCCGAUUCAGAAGGACGCACAUUUUCUACUGCACCGGUGGGUGUUUCUACUGCUAGUAUUGCUUCUGGAGAAGAUCAGCAAGAGGAGGUGUCGACAAGUCGAGUGUGAUUUAUUAUUUUUUACGCUCAGAUUGCAGCGACAUACAUAAUGAACACCAGACCGUACAAUAGAGCAGAAGCUUCCUGGUGUGCUUCUUUACAAGGAAAAGCUCUCCUAAAUUCUCCCAGGCUUAUUUUGGUGAUUCAGGCUACAACAGUUAUACAGAUUAUACAUCUCCCUGCUACUCAAAAGUACUGCGGACACAUAUGUACAAAUCCACAAGUACCAAGCAUGGCCUCCUGCACCUCUAAAUCUUCAGCAUGGCCUCCAACGCGCGAAGUACGUCAUCACGGGUAACUAUACCUGUUAAUAGUGUUUAGAAUCUCAUUAAGCUUGCAACAUACUCUGAAUAGUCAAUGUUAAGGAGAUAAUACAGAUCUAGUAUAUUGAGUCCUCUGUUCCUGGUUUGUCACAGUUUCUGUUACUCACCUAUCACUUGGUUGUCCUGAUUUACUAUUGGUAAUCUGUGGAUCUUCUUUUUGAGCAUCA